CUCUCUGAGUCAUUUGCUUGGUUGUGUACAUCGGAUUCGCUAGCAUCGUUAGCUAGCUUCCCCAUUCCCCUUUCCUUUCUUUGCUUUCACUCUUAGUUAUGCUGUGAUCACAACGCAAUACUCUGUCAUUAGUAACACUCAGUGUUUCGUUUACAUCAUCGAUUAACGUAGUGUCGUAGCUGAAAGUGCAGAUGGGCUUUGGCUUUGGCCGACUUCCAUAUUUUGACAUCUUGGCAGCCUUUUAAUUUCAAACUGACGUUUGGAAGCCAGGUCGACCCUUAACAGCGUUAAGUUGGAUUUUGAGUUUCAAGCCCAGUCUCACUUUUUCGACAAGUCAGAAAACCCUAGAUCUAGCCAUCAUGUCUGUCGGGCCAUACAAUUACUCCUACAUCUUUAAGUAUAUUAUCAUUGGGGACAUGGGUGUCGGCAAAUCAUGCCUUCUCCACCAAUUUACAGAAAAAAAAUUUAUGUCAGACUGUCCUCACACCAUAGGUGUUGAGUUUGGCACUCGUAUCAUUGAAGUAUCAGGACAGAAGAUCAAACUACAAAUCUGGGACACAGCUGGGCAGGAACGUUUCCGAGCUGUUACCAGAUCAUACUAUCGGGGUGCAGCUGGAGCCUUGAUGGUAUACGACAUCACUCGUCGCUCCACCUACAAUCAUCUUAGUAGUUGGUUGACUGAUACAAGGAAUCUUACCAACCCCAGCACUGUGAUAUUCCUGAUCGGAAACAAGUGUGAUCUGAAUGCAGCAAGAGACGUCACUUAUGAAGAGGCCAAACAAUUUGCUGAUGAAAAUGGUCUCAUGUUUGUAGAGGCUAGUGCUAAAAGUGGUGAGAAUGUAGAAGAAGCAUUUCUGGAGACUGCAAAGAAGAUAUAUCAGAGCAUUCAAGAUGGGCGAUUGGACCUAAAUGCAGCUGAAUCUGGAGUCCAACAUAAACCUUCGCAACCUGGUGGGCGCAAUACUCUUGUCAACGAUCAAACUGCCAGCAAAGACAGCUGCUCAUGUUAGAUUGGCUUUACUUGUGUAAGUGUAUACAUCUCUUUGACCUUUUUGCAUUGAGCUCAAUGCAACAUUUCCUUUCUUAGGUUAAUAGGAAUGUCAAUGAGGUGACACUACUGUGAGGCACUAUAGAAAAUAAGGGAACGGACUUAAUAGUCUUUAACAGAGUGUCUGCACUGUUGUUAUUAUGAAUUUGAAUAGGAGCCAUUUGGGCUAUUUGUGAUACAAAUAUGAAGCUGUUCAAUGGUGAAGCAUGGCUAUUAUGCCAUUUGGUUGCUUGACUGAGUUUUUCACUUGCAAAAAUAUUUUUGUAUGUUGCCAUGCCUGGCACUCCAUCCUCUUCAAACUAUGAGAAAGGAGUUGAGAGUGCCGGCAUCUGUUUGUAGAAGUAAUAUUUCCUCAUGCUUUUGCUACAUCCCUUUAAGCAGGCAUCUGAAUUCAUUGCUAGACAAAUUUGUGUUUUAGUGAUGUAGAGUACUGAUUCAGUGCUGUGCUACAUUCUGAUCACCAAUUAGCCUUCAAAUUCAGUUAUUCAACCUCAAAGCAUUUCUGCUUGUGAUACGGCUUCAUGCUGUUGAUAAUAAUGUCACUACCACUUCUUUGAUUCAUCGUAAUGUUUGUUUCCUUAUGUCCUGAUCUAUUUGUUAAAUAAGUCAUGCAACUCUUAGGAACACAAGUUGAGCAAAUGGUGAAAAGCUAGUCCCUCCCCCCUCUUUUUGAUGUAAAAUUAAAAGUGCUAUUUAUUGUGAACAAUAAUUGACAUACCUACAUUGUAAAAAAAAAAAUUAUUCUGAGAUUUAUUUUUUUAUGACAGGCUCAUGGGUAGUUUGGUAGAUGCACAGCAUUCCAAUUGUUGUGCUUUUGAGGUAGAUUGCCUUCAACAUUUUACUUGCCUUGAAUCAAAGAUUUCAUUUCAACUCCCAAUAUUAUUUCUGAGAGGUGCAGAGCGAGGAAACAAUAAAAUACUGUUGUAUGAUAAUAUGUCUCUUCUGUUAGCCAUGAGACUCAGUCUUGUUAUUGUAUAUUCUCAGUUAUAUUUUGUCUUCAAUUUUAGACCCUCUUUGUUUUGUUUUUGCGGUAAUGUUCUUAUUGCAUUUUAGGCUGAAGCACCACCUCAGAGCUGGUGUGUUUGACAUUUAGCUUAAAAGUGGCUUUCCUUAUGUUUCCAGCGUUUCAUAACCUAGUAGCUUAACCUAUUAGGUGUCUGACAGUAUUUAAUAAAACAAAAUGCAACAGCAAGUAAGAAACAGGAGGCAGACUACUUUUUCAAACUCAUGGCAGCCAUAUAUACAAGCUGUAUGCCAUGAACAAAAAAUUUGUGAAAUCAUUUAAUGUACCUCCUUUCAUGUCCAAAUGAAAAUGCCAAAGUGUUUCAUUCCCUUAGCUUUCAUUUUUAAACCUUGUAUUUGUAUAAAAUAAGAUUGUUGGCAGUAAUGAUUUUCAUGUUAAAUUGAUUUGUUUAACUAAUUAGUGUCUUGUGUAGGUUACCUGUUCAGUCCUUGUGUGAGAGUUGUCUGCUGUAAUAUGAGUGCUAAACCUUGUUCUCAGAGCUGUUACAUGUGGCCAUAAUCUUAAAUAGCGGAGUGCCUGUGGCUUGGUGUAGUUGUUUGUAGGUGCAGGUGCUCUGAUACAGAUUCUUUAAUGGGAGUUGUGUAUCACAUUAGGCUGUAUGCAAGUAAACUCAGGUUUUUGAAGAAGCCGCUGCAAAUGGUACCAAUUCUGGCACUGCUUAGUGUUUAAUAUGAUUUUCUUUUGUUGAAACUUUGUGACAUUUAUAUGUACCGUAUGAAUUUGGGAUCAAGGAUGAAGUAGUUAAGUCUUGGAUUUGGGGGGGGACCUAGAAACUUUGCAUGGCUGUAAACACUUUCCCUACUAGAAACGUUAUCAUUAUCCACAUUGCCUAUGUGUGAUUGGUGUAGUGCUCCAAUGAAUAUAAUUAGUUAACUAUUAUGCUUUUUUGAAAGUUAAAAUUUAACUGUGAUUUAGGUAUCUCUUCUUUUCCUCUUUGUAUGUCAACAUUGAAACUUUAAUUUUCUAAGGCAUUGCAACCACUUAGAGACAAGCUUUCCUUGAUUUUAUGUUUGAAUGAUAAAUAGAACUAAUUUUCUAUACCAAAUGUGCUGAGCAAGAGUGGUAUAAUCUAUUUGGUAUGGUGUUUUAAUUAAUAUUAAUGAAAUCUUGUAUCUCUCUCUGCCUUACUUUCUUCUGUUGUUUAUAUUUUAAAGGUUCUAUUUCUGUUUCUGAAUUCAGGGAUUCAUUUUGCCAUUUUACUGACUCUGACAUGUGUUUAGCAUUCAGUUGUCAUUGGAAUGCAAUAUGAUUGUGUAUAUGGUGUGUUUUUAUAUCUCAAUUUGUUGAUCAACUUUUACCUGUUUAAAUCUACUUGUAUGAAAUCAAACUUUAUUAGAAAGAUUCCUUUAUGGUGCAUUGAGACAUAUCUCUACUUUAGUUAUUUGUUUUAGCAUGAGCUUCGAUAUUUCUAACGUGGUGUGAUGAACUUUUUUUAAUUUUUUUUUUUUUUUGUACAUCAGGCUAUUUUCUGUAAGGGUCACGCAUGGGAGAUGAAUGUCAGGGGAAACUCAUUUAUAUAUUGGAUUGGUUUUGUCUGAAUAAUAGCACGUGUCUGAAACGUACAUUAUUUCAGAGGUAUGCAGUAAGUUACCAUGUGUCCCUCAUUUCAUUGUAAAUUUUACAUUCAGGUAUUACAUUCUGCUUUAGCCCUUCUGAUAUUUGCUGAAUGUGUGGAUUUGGCAUCUCUGCCCAUGAGAUACCAGUUAUGGAGCAAAAUGAUCCUAAGUCUCCCUCCUCACAUUAAUAAUAACUAGUUAUAUCUGUUUUGGGCAUUUAAUAGAAUACCAUAGUGUUAUAUUUGUUAUGCUUUUAGCUAUGUAUCAGAAUAAAUUCUACUAUGUGUUGCUUGUUACCUUUGAAUCUUUUGCAUGCAAAGUGGCAUACAGCACAUAUGUUUAAACAGACAGACACGUAAGACUCAUUUACUUCCGGUGUUAAAAAGAUUCAAGAUGUGUACAGUUUAUUUACCAGAAUAUAUGCACUAUGUAAUACUCA